GAGUGAGGGGUGCGCAUUCAUCCCGACACCGCAAUGAAACAGUUUUGCUCUCUCUCACCUUAGAUUUGUGUUUGAGAGUACUGGGGUCGCACAGAUCUUUGUCGUCCAUCCAGACCGGUGUGGAGUCGAACCAUCCCUCUUCUUUGGACCCGUUUCGUGCCUGAGUGAGAAGGAACCAAAAUAUCACUGUAUUAUGCAGUAAUCCACUAGGAUUAUGCAGUAAUCCUAGUGGAUUACUGCAUUUGUCAGUUUCACAUGAGUAAAAAUCCUGCGUACUGAACACAAACGUUUGAGUCGAUAAGCUCACUGUUUGUUGCGGGUUAAUUUGAGGAAAAAUUGAUUCAUCAGUUUGAGGAUAUUCACUUUUUUUUUUUUUCAAAAUGAUAACGUGAUAUCCAAGGUGUCUUACCUGAACAGAUGCGAUUCUGGCGGCUCGGUUGAGCUCUCGGGAGCUGGAUCGAACCGCAGCGCAAGGGUCUUGGAGUCCGGCAGGUGCGCAACUGGAAGCGGCCAGAAGCGCCGCGAGAAGCGCUGUGAAGGCGACAGAAGCUGCGGGAGUCAUGCUGCUGGUGAUGCGGCCGAGUGUGGAUAAACCUGGCGGAGGUGGUGCGCUUAUUUAAAGCACGCGUGAGUCAGACUCGGGCUUUCCUGUCAGCCUCAGGUGAGCCUCCCCCCUCCCCCCCGCCUGCUGUCAAUCAAAGAGAAAACAAAACUUUAACCAGCGUGCGUUAGUGAGUGGCCGUCAACAUUCCACAGAAAUGAUACGUUACGUUUUUUCACCGAACUCCGCCCAGGAAGUUCGAAAGACUGAAAAAUUUCUGCGCACAAUAGGGACAGAAUUUCCAUGGUCCAGAACCCGCCGACCUACUUCCCGGGCCGCCGCAGGAAAACCCGCACCGCCGCAGGGAUGAGCGCCUCUUCUGCUUUUCUCGUCAAUACUUACUUGUUAAGCCGCUUUUUUUUCUCACGGCCCAGAGAAGAUUUCUGCAGUCAUGGUUUUUGUUUUGCAUAGCAAUCCCUGACAUGGUGACGCGCUAUCAGCAACAGGUAGUUGGACUCCCCGACAAGCAGGGAACUCCCCUGGUCCCAGGUGAAUGUCACACUCACCUGUACCUAGGAAACGCCUGCUCCACGCGCAUCCACCCACCACCUGCGCGUGAAAUUCACAGGAAGAGUCAUGUCACACUCCGAUGAGGAAUCUUUGGCAAAAGAAUAUCCCACGAUGAGUUCCUUUAUUUGUUCAUUUCGACUUACACAGAUGGUCUCGUCCAUAAUUAUCAAGGUUAAAUUUCAAAUCCAGGGGCUUUGCUGCCAAUAUUUCCAGCAUAAGUGACAAACUAACCCCGUUAUUUCACCAGAAGAAAGUUAAAGUUAUUUAUUUAUAUUGAAAUUCUUAGGAUGUUGUAAGAUCCGAGUUUAACUCAUCAGACUAGCUCAACACAUCUCCUGCGGCGAGGAAUUUUACGACUGAUCCAACUUUUUUUUCUUUUUUUUUAAUUUGUUGAGGAUGAAUAGAGUCAGCAGAUGGCGCCAUUUCUUUCGAAACAUUAUUUCGGGGUGUCCAACGACCUGACAGCAGGUGGCGCUCUGAAAUGUCGCAUAAACCCGCAGAUCGACGAGAAAGGUUCGGAACAACUGGGUCAUAGUAAACUGUGUGGUUCGGUCCUGGUUCAGGAAAGUCAUCUGGAAGAUGGGCAAAUGAAUCACCUGCGUCUUUUUAUUGGAUAACUAAACUGCUGCGUGGCUUCAAAUCCGCAAUUGAAGCAGCGUCUUGUUUUCUUCAUUUAUGAAAUGUCGUUGGUUAUUUUUCUAGAUUUGAUUUCGGGUGAAUCAACAGAUCAUCACAUAUUCUGUGACUGGUCCACUGUGAGCCUCCCAGGUGCUUCCUGAGAUGCGUCCAUGAGAGACUCGGAGUAGAACUCCUGAUCAAUGGCCUUUGGUUAGAACAUCCAUCUUUAGGGGGAGAGCGAGAGAGAAACAGUUUGGAAUAAUGUAUGUGUGCGUGUGUGAGAGAGAGAGAGGUUGGGGGAGAGACGCACAAGAGGGAGUGGAAGAGAGAGAGGCUGGGGGAGAGAGGCAGAACUAACUUCAGAAGCCCCUCACACGGCAUCACGACCCUCCGCAGACGCUUCACGCGUGGCUUUUCGGAGAUACAUUCCCGCGACUUGAAGGGCCGCAAUGAUCGCGACGACCCAGCAGAACAUGACGGCGGACCUGGACCUGGGCAGCACAGACGGUCCCCCCAGGAACUGGAAGGGCAUCGGGAUCGCCAUGAUGGUGAUCCUGGGGGUCAUGUCCCUGGUCAUCCUGUCCGUGGUGCUGCUGACGCCCGACGACUCCCAGCUGCUGCGCCGCUCUCACCUCACCAUGGACGACCUGGAGAGUGAAACGUUCAAAGUUCACCGCCCUCAAGUGUCGUGGCUCAAUGAGCACGAGGUCGCCGUCGGCAGCCGAGACGGACACGUGCUGAUGUUGGACCUGUCCAGCAACAUCAUGUCCACGCUGCUGGACAACUCUUCUCUGGACCUGACCUCCACUCAGUUCCAGGUGUCAGCAGAUAAGAAGUUCGUCCUCCUGGCGUACAACAUCCGGCCGGUGUUCUCUCAGUCCUUCACAGCUUCUUAUGCCGUCCACGAUGUGGCGUCUGGGGACCUCCUGGACCUGGGCCCCCCUGAGAGAGAGAAGGCAGCCCUGCAGCACUCGUCCUGGGGUCCACAGAACAACCAGCUGGUCUUUGUGUUCCAAGGCGACAUCUACUACAAGCCAAGCGUGACCUCUGACACUCUGCGUCUCACUGUCAGUGGUCAGGAGAGGAACGUGCAGAACGGGAUCUCAGACUGGAUUUAUGAGGAGGAGGUGCUGCUGUCCCCUGUUGCCCUCUGGUGGUCGCAGGACGGCGCGCGGCUGGCCUACCUGACCAUCAACAACUCAGCCACACCUGUGAUGGAGAUCCCACAGUUCUUAGGAGGCCUGUACCCCCACAACCUGGUCUACCCCUACCCCAAGGCCGGCUCCAGCAUCCCGUCCGUCAGCCUGUCGGUUGUGAACCUGUACGGGCCCACUCACACAGUGGAGAUGACCCCGCCGGACUCGGUCCGCUCCAGAGACGGCUACAUCUCCAUGGUAACGUGGAUCAGCAGCACCAGGCUGGCGGUCCGGUGGUUGAACCGGGCUCAGAACCAGUCGGUUCUGGGCGUGUGCGAGGCGACGACGGGCGCGUGUUCCGAGAAACACAAGAUGAACAUGGACAUCUAUCACCAGCAGUGGAAGGACACCCCGCUGUUUGCUGACGAUGGCUCCGUGUUCUACACCGUCCUGCCAGCGAAGCAGGGAGCUCGGGGAGAGUUCCGUCACGUGGCGGCCUUGUCGGCACAGCAACCCGUCGCUCCCACAGUUCCGGCUCGCUUCCUGACGUCCGGCAGCUGGGACGUCACCUCGCUGUGUGCUCUGGAUGAGGCGUCGGGAAAGAUUUACUUCCUGAGCUCCGAAGAGUCCAGACAGAGCCGACACCUGUACAGUGUGGACGUGGAUGGAGUGUUCCAGCGCCACUGCCUCACCUGCGACCUCCUGGACGACUGCAGCUUCUUCAGGGCCCAGUUCAGCCCCAACCACACUCACCUCAUCCUGCACUGCCUCGGUCCGGGGGUCCCCAAGGUGACGGUCCACAGCACUAAAGAUCUGAGCAGUUUUGUGGUUCUGGAGGACAACAGUCGGCUGUCUGAAGCUCUGGAGGACAAGAGCCUGCCUGAGGUUCUGUUCAGGAGUCUUCCGUCUGAAAACCACGACCUGCACCUGAAGGUGUCCCUUCCCCCGGGGUAUGAGGCUAACCUGCACCCGCUGCUGCUGGUCGUAAACGGGCUGCCAGGCUCCCAGGUGGUGACGGAGGAGUUCUCCCUGGACUGGACCCACGUGAUGACCAGCCAACACGGCACCGCAGUGGUCUGGGUGGACUCCCGGGAAGGGUCAGGACGCCCACAGAAGAACGUCGCUGUGGACCCGCGGAAGCUGGUUCCUCUGCGGGUCAAGCAUCACCUGGAGGUGGUAGAGAUGCUGGUGCAGCUUCCGUACAUCGAUGACCGCCGAGUGGCGCUCUACGGGAAGGCGUUCGGGGGCUACUUGACUCUGAAGAUGUUGGCAGCGAGUGACAAGCUCUUCCAAUGCAGCGCCGCGGCCGCCCCCAUCACCGACUUCAGGCUUUACAGUGCAGCCUUCUCAGAGCGGUUCCUGGGACUGCCGGCCAAAGAGGAGCACGUUUACUCGACGGCGUCUCUGCUGGAGGACGUCAGUAAGCUGAAGGAUGAGAACUUUCUUCUCCUCCACGGAACCGCAGACGCGAGGGUGCACUUCCAGCACAGCGCUGAGCUCUUGAACCGGCUGGUGAAGGUGGAGGCCAACUACUCGCUGCAGCUCUACCCGGAUGAGGGCCACGACCUGCGUGAGCCGCGGAGCGUCCAGCACUUCCAGAGGACGGUGGUCAACUACCUCCAUACCUGCAUGCAACAUGGACUCCUGCGAGAGCCCGAGGAGGACGAGGAGGACGAGGAAGAGGAGGACUGAGGGCCGUCAGAGCACAGGAGCCAGGACCAAACACCAAUCUGAAGAACAUGUAGCACACUGUUGAUCCUGCUGUUUACUGGUCCACUACCUGUUUACACCUGCGACCAUCAGUUGGGCUCAAGUUUACACCAGACACAUGCAUGAUGUGAGUCCACUGCAUUUUCUGUGUUUUAAUGUGCCAACAAGCCAGACCAGAACUUUGCUCUGAGGGUCGGCCAAAAUUAAAAGUCAAAAGUGAAGCAUACACUGUACCCUGAGAUCAUGUCAGUGGAGAGGACUGCCGCCAGAAGCUGAUCCUGCCUUCUGAAUUUAAUGCCAGUUUUGAAGAGUGCUGCCAUUACAGGCACCCUGCACACGCACACCCCGACAUGUGGCUCAGUCCAGAGGAGACAGUGCUCCAGACAAAUGUCUAUUUUCCUUACAAACUGCCAGAGUCAUGUUUCUGUUUCCAUGGACUUCAGUAUGACUGGAUCCGCAUUCAAGUGCUGGGGUUAUUGUCAUCGUUUCUGCUAGUUUGUCCUCUUUUGUUUUGACAUCUUCCUUUUCAGAGAACCGGACUUGUUGGUUGGUUCCAGGCUGUAGCCUCUGGAGAACUAAUGCAUGCUGCUCUUUGAAUGACCCGGAACAAGAUUUUCUCCUAGAAACUAUUCUUGAAAAUAAAGACUGAACUUUUCCAACAAAGGUUUUGCCUGUGUCUGAGUUAAGUCUAGACGAUC